CUCGCAACCAACCGUCCCCAAAAUGCUGGAAUACUUCAUCGCUGUUGUUGGCUUGUACUUGGGCUAUAGCUUCAUCUGCUUAGAGCUCAACUACAGGCGAGCUUCGGCCAUGGGCAUCCCGCUUGUGCGCGUGCCUGUUGAUCCAUUGAACAUCCCAUUCCAGGUCUUCGAGCCUCACCUCUUCAAACUCCUUGAUCUAUUCCCCUCGGCUGCGCUGCCUACUUUUGUUCCAUAUUUGCGGCGCGGUUGGUUCUUCAUCGACAAAGCCGACUCUCACCUCCGUUACGGUUCGAUAUUUGCCUGCGUUACGCCCCGCGGAAUUCACGUUCAAGUAUGCGAAUCGGAGGCCAUCCACGACAUUUUUUCCCGGAGGCUGGACUUCAUACGCCCGAGCGAGAACUACAAGCUUCUCGAAGUAUACGGUCCGUGUAUCUCGACAGCCAAUCUGGAAAACUGGCCACGCCACAGGAGAGUUCUCGCCGCGCCCUUCAACGAAAGCAUCAUGAAAUUUGUCUGGCGGGAAUCGCUGACGCAGACAAAGCAAAUGCUCGCGUCGUGGACUACGCCCACCAGUUUGGCCGACGGUAUCGUAAGCGUUGCAAAAGAUACACGCACACUCUCCUUGAACGUGCUCGCGGCGACCGGGUUCGGUCGCUCGUUCAGCUUCCGUUCCGCAAGUAGCAAAGAUGCCGAAACCGACACAGCAUCCUCAUACCGCGAUGCGCUGUCCAUGGUGUUGGAUAAUGCCAUCUUGCUCAUGCUAAUCCCACGUCGGUACCUAUCCCUUCCAUUUGUUCCAAAGGCUUUGCGGCAAGUCGGCAAGGCCGCAGACGAGUUCAAACAUCAUAUGGAGCGGAUGCUGGAAGAGGAGACGGCAGCGUUAAAAAAAGGAAAUUCAGGAGCAGGGAGUCUAAUGACUUCCUUAGUUAAGGCGUCGAAUACCUACGCCACGAGCAAUAAAGACUCCAAGAGCGCUAAAGGCCUAUCAGUCGAAGAGAUCUUCGGCAACAUUUUCGUUAUUAAUUUCGCCGGCCAUGACACGACGGCCAACACCCUUGCGUUUGCCGCAUUUCUGCUCGCGACAGCCCCAGAAGUCCAGACUUGGGUCGCCGAAGAGGCGCGAAAGAUAACCGCGGACGUAGACGAGUGGGACUAUGGUCAGCUGUUUCCACGGCUUAUCCGUUGCUGCGCGGUCCUGCAUGAGACACUCCGUCUUUACCCACCCAUCCUAUCGCUCCCGAAGCACACGAGCUCCCAGCCUCAGACUCUCGUCAUAGAAAACCGAUCGAUCGUCAUCCCCGCGAACACAAGCACGAGCCCCAGCAUCAUUGCCGUACACACACACCCUCGAUACUGGCCCGAUCCGCUGCAAUGGAACCCUCAACGAUGGGUGAUCACAAACGACGAUCUACAGGAGUCUCUGAUAACACCGCCACGGGACACGUUCUUCCCGUGGUCCGAUGGGGGGCAGAACUGCCCAGGUUUAAAGUUCUCACAGGUCGAGUUUGUCGCUGUGCUGGCGCUGCUUAUGCGGAAGCAUCGGUUAAGCAUUGUAAGGAAGAAUGGAGAGACUGAAGCGCAGGCGAGGGAGAGGGUGAAGUGGGUAAUCAACGACUGUGAUAUGCAGCUUUUGCUACGAAUGAGGGAUUCUGACAGGGUGAGGCUGAGGUGUGAGCCUGGAGCUUAGUAGCGGUAGUCGGUGUCCGGGCUAUGGGGGCCCAUUCCGGCCUCUGUGUUCUAUUUGCUGGCAACUAUGGUACUGGCCACCGCCCGUCGUCGCUC